AUGUUUACUUUUAUUGUAUCUCAUUUCUUUUUUCUUUAUUUCCGUGCACAAUGCGCAAACGGACAUCUGGCCAAAGAAUGUUAUAUUCUUGUCGGUCAAUUGUUCUUCGGAAUUGGCAGCAGGGAAAAGACCUCGUGCCUUCGAGUCUGUAAGACGAGAUGCGUCAUCGAUUAUCUGACCUGCGGGUGGUUUGGUUGGACAGCUGAUUGGAAAACGGAUUCCAGGGAGGAAACAUUAUCUAUCUAUCUAUCUAUCUGUCUAUCUAUCUAUCUAUCUAUCUAUCUAUCUAUCUAUACACUCGAUUUAUAUCUCUGUCUACCACCCUUUCUUUCUCUCUCUCACUCUCUAUCUGACGUGAGAAAGAAAACCCUGAUAUGCAUACACACUAUCUACCUAUCUAUCUGUACAUUUUCUAUCUCUUUGAUUGACCUUCUUUUUUGCCCUUCCCUUGGAGAUCCCCCCCUCUAUAGUUUUCUAUCUUUUCUCCUCGAACUCUCUCUAAUUUUCUUCUUCUACUUUUGUUUUCUUUUGUUUUUUUUUUACCUCGAACUCACUUCUUCUUUUUCUUCUUCUUCUUUCUUCUUCUUCAUUCUAGUAGACAUCCGCCCCUCCUUCAUUACUUUUGUCUAUCCUCCUUUCCUUUCUUUUACUCUUCCUUUUCUUCUUCUACUCAGCCUCCUCAUCCUCCUUCAUUUUGUCUUUUUUCUCACUUUUUCCAUGGUUUUUUCUUUCUCCCAUUUUACUUUCUAA